AUGGCAGCUUUUCACCACAGCAACCCAACGGACAGGGACAUCAGGAGGGUUCUCCAAAAACUUCUAAUCAUGCUCUCUCUGGGAAUAAUCUGUGUCUCUCUUUUUUACUUCCUCGCGGGAUGCUGCGAGUCGGACAUAAGGGAAAACUCCAUCUCCCACAGACCCGCCAGUGAGUUUCAUUUAUCAGGAUGGUAUCAUGACAGAAACGGGACGUUCACCAUAACGCCGGUUUUGGAGACGAAUAACUCGGUUAAAGAUUGGAUGGCGAUACGGCGGUUACCCCAAGCCCUCAUUAUAGGGGUAAAGAAGGGUGGCACGAGGGCUCUUUUGGAGUUUCUCAGGCUGCACCCAGACAUCCGCGCGCUGGGCUCUGAACCGCACUUCUUUGACCGGCAUUACGCACGAGGUUUGGACUGGUACAGGAGUAUGAUGCCCAAGGCCUUGGAUGGCCAGGUUGUCAUGGAGAAGACACCGCGUUAUUUUGUUACCGUGGAGACCCCGGGGCGUGUACACUCCAUGUCGCGUGACGUGAAGCUGAUUGUGGUGGUCCGGGACCCUGUGACCCGGGCCAUCUCUGACUACACUCAGAUCAUCUCCAAGACCCCCCACAUCCCCACCUUCGAGACCCUCGCCUUCAAGAACCGCACCAAUGGUGAGAUCGACUCUCUGUGGAGCCCUCUAUGGAUCGGACUGUACGCCCAGCACCUGGAGCGUUGGCUGGCCUGGUUCCCCCGGGCCCAGAUCCACCUGGUCAGUGGGGAGGGCCUCAUCUCCGACCCAGCCGGAGAACUAGGAAAGGUCCAGGAUUUUCUGGGCCUUCAGAGGAUUGUGACGGACAAGCACUUCUACUUCAAUAAGACUAAAGGUUUCCCCUGCCUGAAGAAACCGGAGGGCAGCAGCAAGCCCCACUGCCUGGGGAAGACUAAAGGCCGGACACACGCCCCCAUCGACCCGGAAGUGAUCCGGAGACUGAGGGAGUUCUAUAGGCCGCACAACCAGCGGUUCUACCAGAUGACUGGCCAGAACUUUGGAUGGCAAUGA